UAUCAACACGUAUUUUUGACACACGUUUCUAUUUAUUUUUAAUUCUUUUUUUAAGAAUCUUUAAACAAAUAUUUAAACAAAUUUAAAAUGUCUUUAAAAUUAUUAAAACAAAGUGUCGAUAUAAUUGAAGAAGAUCUUAAACACACAAAGACUAAAAAAGGUAAACAAACAUCGAAUACUAACAACAAAAAGCAAAAAACCUUAAACAAUGCCAUUUCGGAGGAACAUUUCACGAAGAAGCAUAAAAAGAACAUACAAGAUGUUAAACAAGAACUAAAGUCUUCCAAUAAAAAAGCAGAGGAAAAUAUGAAAAGACUUUUGGCGUUGUCUAUGAAUACGGUUAAAAUUAAAGAUGCUGAAAAGAUUGUGCAGCGAGCUCAUAAAGGACGUUAUAUAGAAAAAAUUAUACCUGAAGUUGAGCAGGAGUCUAUAUUCACCGAAGAAGACUUUCGUAAAUUCGAAGAAGAAUAUUUUAAUUCAUAGUUUUUUAUUAAUUAAUUUAUUAGAUUUCGUUAGUGUUAUGUUCAUGUGUUUCUAUUGUACAAAUAUAUUUUUCUAUUAGAAAGUUAAAAA